UUUCUCCCCUUCACGGGCAAAACCACAAACACGAGUCGUGCGCCCGCUACCAAUGGGAGCCGACGCGAUGGCCGCCGCCGCCGACGACUUCGCCACCCCGGCGCCCUCGCCCGCACCCGCGCGUCUCGGAGGCGGCGUGUACCAGGUCGGUGGCGUGCCGGUGGAGUUCCCCUACAAGCCGUACGGGACGCAGCUGGCCUUCAUGGGCCGGGUUAUCGCUACGCUGGACCGCGCCCGGCGGCAGGGCCGCUCGCACGCGCUCCUCGAGUCGCCCACCGGCACCGGAAAGUCGCUCUCCCUCCUCUGCUCUGCGCUCGCUUGGCAGCGCCACUACCCGCUCCGUGCGCCCCCGGCCCCGCCCGCUGCCGACCCCUUCCUCCACGGCGGCGGAUUCGUCCCCGACGACACCCAGCAGCAGCAGGCGACUCCGGGCGUCCCAGAAAAGGCGGCCAAGAAGAAGAAUGCUCCGACCAUCUAUUACGCGACGAGGACGCACUCGCAGAUCACCCAGGUGGUCCGGGAGCUCCGCAAGACAUCGUACCGAGUGCGCAUGGCCGUCUUGGCUUCGAGGAAGCACUAUUGUGUCAAUAAGAAUGUAUGCAUGAGUGACAACAUUGAUGAGCAAUGCAAGUUGCUCUUGGAUGACAAGGUUCAAGGAUGCCCAGAAUUCAAGAAUGCACAGAAACUAAGUCGUCAUCCAUCCCUUCAGAAGGGUGGCUGCUACGAAGUUCACGAUAUUGAGGAUCUUCUUAGAGUUGGACGACAAGUCAAGGGGUGUCCAUAUUUUGCUGCACAAACCAUGGCAGAAACAGCUCAACUGGUUUUCUGUCCAUACAACUACCUAAUUAGUCCAAUUGUCAGAAGAGCAAUGGACAUUGAUAUCAGUGGCUCAAUUGUUAUUCUUGAUGAAGCACACAACAUAGAAGAUAUAGCACGUGAUGCUGGAAGUGUUGAUGUUGAUGAAGAAUCACUUACCACUUUGGCGGGAGAACUAGCAAACUUGGCCACUAACGAGGCUGUUGCAAAGAUAUACCAACCCUUGCAUGAGGUCAUUGAGGGGCUUAUCAAUUGGAUUACUGAUCAGGUGGGCAAUCUACGAGAUAACGAGUUUGAACAUCCUGCUUCAUUUUGGACUGGUGAAAAUGCUAUGAAGGAACUCCAGAAGGCCGGUAUUACUCCUGCAUACUUCCCAAUAUUGCAAGAGUGUGCGACGAAGGCAGUUAAGGCUGCUUCGGAUACCGAGUCAGAUGGAGAAUACUUAACUGGUCGUGGUGUUAUGACACUGGACAGUCUAUUCUCCUCAUUGAGCCAUUUUUUUGCUGGGAAUGGGUGCCAUUUUUAUGAUUACCAACUUGCUUUCCAGCAUUUUGUUCAAAGAGAAGGCAGUUCUGUCAUAGGAUCGAGAUCUGUGAUGAGUUUGUGGUGCCUCAGUCCUGCUGUUGUUUUUCAAGGCAUUUCAGAUCUAACCCUUUCAGUAAUUUUGACAUCUGGCACACUCUCUCCAAUGGGCUCCUUUGCAUCUGAACUCGGUGUCCAGUUUGACGCUUGCAUGGAAGCUCCUCACGUAAUUGAUGCUGAUUCUCAGGUUUUUGCAAGUGUAAUAUCAUCUGGGCCAACAAAAUAUCCGUUGAAUGCCAGCUAUAAAACUGCAGAUGUGUAUUCUUUCCAGGACGAGCUUGGAGCUUCAAUAGAAGAAAUAUGCAGAAUAGUUCCAGGUGGCGCUCUAGUGUUUUUUCCUAGCUAUAAGUUGCUGGAUAAAAUGAAAGUUCGUUGGGCUCAGACAGGCCAAUGGGCACGAUUGCAUGCUAAUAAGCCCGUGUUUGUUGAGCCCAGAGGAAGUACCGAGGAACUUGAGCCCAUCCUGAAAGGAUACUAUGAUGCAAUCCUUGGCAAGGCUCCCCUCAAGAAAGGCAGAGGUGGUGCAAAACAAAUCGUGAAGAAUCGAGUGAGAAAGAAUUCAUCACAGGAAUCUGCUAAAGGAGGAGCUGCUUUUCUUGCAGUUUGUCGUGGGAAGGUAUCUGAAGGAAUUGACUUCUCUGAUGACAACGCUAGAGUUGUUGUCAUUGUUGGCAUUCCAUUUCCAAAUAUAAAUGAUGUCCAAGUAAAGCUGAAAAAAAGAUAUAAUGAUUCCUACAAAUCAUCAAAGCAUCUGUUAAGUGGGAGUGACUGGUACUGUCAUCAAGCAUUUCGUGCUCUGAAUCAAGCUGCUGGUCGAUGUAUUCGGCAUAAGCUUGACUACGGAGGCAUAAUUUUGAUUGAUGAGCGGUAUCAGGAAGAGAGAAACCUUGUACACAUUUCAAAAUGGCUUAAGAACUCGAUUAAGCAUUAUGGUAGCUUCCAGGAUACGAUGGAUGGAUUGGAGAAGUUUUUUCAAAAGGCUGAGGAGCAUAUAAAGAUAAGAGGUCGAGAGAUGUCCCCUAAUGUCAAGUUGGAGGCUGAUAUACUUCCAAAGCACGACGAUAAAAGAAAACUGCCUUGGCCAGAACCAAAUUUCUUAAACCAAUCAAUACUGCAAAGUAAUCAGAAGGUAAAGACUGAACGUGGAAGUUUGAAGGUUCCAAAAAUAGAUGGUUUGGCAGGAGUAUACCAUAAUAAAAUUGGUAUGUCUUAUGCGUCACCAUCAUCAGAAGCAUGGGAGAUCUCUUCUAAAUCUUCUGAUCUAGCAAAGAAGUUAAGCUCUCCCAUACCCAGAAGUCUUUCAACAGCAUGCCAACUCCCUCCCUCUUACAAAAUUCAGUAUAACUUGGAAGGUGAAGCAGACAUUGGGGGGGAUUAUGAAGUCAAUACAGAUGUUAUUGACUUGGAGAAGUUUGAUUCUAAGUCUUGGUGCUCAACAUUAACUAUCUUUAAUCCAUCAGAACACAGGUUGCAACAGCCUGCUCUUGUGGAAGAAACUUUUACAGAGGCUCCUGUUGCUAGUCCCAGCAAUCAUUCUGAGGUAAAUAUCUCAGCAGUGAUGAACAAUGAUGAAGAUCAGGCUGUAAAUGUAAAUGUGUCCACUUCGCUAACAACAGCAAACAGAAACCAUUCUUGUGUGUCCACAUCAGUGGGUACUCCUGAAAGAACUUCUAAUAGAGAUUAUCCUUUGGAGCAUGAAUAUUCUUCAGUGAACAGAAGCGUAAACUCACAGUACCAGAAAAAGAGAAGGUUCAGCCCUCCAAUAAGCUAUUGCAUGGACACAGAGCAUUCCAAUCCUUCAACGAAAUCUUUCGGCGAUUCUGAUUGUGCUGGCAUCACAGUGCCUGAAGAUCUGAAGAGAACUGGUGGCCUAUGUUGUAAAAGUAUGAACAUGUCCAGAUGUGAAAAUUUUAAGCUUGAAAGAUGCCACAAGCCAGUUGAGUUUUCACCAAAAGAAUCCGCACGGAACAAGCUUCUUAUUUAUUGCAGCAGAUGUAAAACACCACUCGGAUUACAGAAGGAUGGCUUUCUUGUUUCAUGCUCAUUGUCAUCACCCUCGAAUUUUUACUUGACAUAUCUUUUGAGACAUGGACUAUCAAGUGUUGGCUUCGCACAAGAUGAUCUUAUGGCAUCGCCACCAGCUAUGGUAAAUGUUAUUGUGUGUGACGCAUCCUCACUCAACCAAGAGACCCUUACCAAAUUCCGUGGCCAAGGUUCUGCUCACCAUUCUGGCGUUUGGUCUGAGAAGGAUGGAUGUGUGUACAAGCCAGUAACAUGCCCUUUCUGCCCUUGUGAAAAUGCUUGUGCCAUGCCACUCGGAGUGCGAGUUCUUGCAACCGAUGCUUCAAAUCUACAUUCAUUGGACAGGGUGCUCUUGUUCGCUGAUCGUUUGGAUAUCAAGCAUGAAUCAUCGAAUGAACAGGUUACAAGUAAUCAGAAAGGUGCUGGUAACCCCAUGCCACCCCCACCGGUGAUCGAUCUGGAGACUUUUGCAUAUAAACCACUGAAGAAGGAUCCUGUGCCACUGAACACGAGGAGGUCUAAGCUUAGGUUACCUAGCACGAACAAACCCACAAGACCAGAAGAGGUGCAUAACUUGGAGGAUUCAUAGGAUGGAAUUUGGCUCCUGCUCUUUGCUCUGAACUCUGAAGCACUGGGAAGGCCUGUUCCGUAGCAGUAGCACCGACACAUCGCAUGCCAAAAGGAGAUGCUAACUCACUGAGGGCUAGCCGAGUUGGAGUGAGAUGAGAAUUUUGACGGGAGUCAGAUGCAUGAUGUAAAUAAAUAAAAAAGACAGCUACAGGACAAUGGCUAAUUUGCCUUGUGUCGUGUGUGUUGGAGCUGUAAAUCUUAGGAAGGGGAACUAAACUUGUAACGCUUGCAUUCUGCCAGUGCAAAGAUGCUCAAUUCAAUUCUUAUUGGUGUUCUUGUAAAAAAAAUGAUACGUACACAA